AUGAGACUCAUCACGACCCUCGCAGCUGGCGUCUCCCUCGUGGCGGCGGCCCCUCAAGGCCCCUUUGCCAAGGGCAAUAGCACCUCCAAGGACCUCGUCCUCGACCAAGCCCCGGACACCAUUCAGCCCUACGUCCUUCGCAAGGGCUCAGGCCGCGCCGUCUCAGUAGGCGACCAGGUCUACCGCUUCUCCGUCACGGGCAACGCCUCCGCCGGCGCCUUCACCCUCAUGCAGACGAACGCCCCGGGCUCCAGCGACCUCGGCGUCCUCCCUCACAUCCACAAGGCGCACUACGAGAACUUCUACUGCUCAAAGGGCCAGUUCCAGCUCUGGGCCAAGACCAACUCCACCGGCGAGCAGGCCCGCGUCCUCACCCCGGGCGACUACGGCGCCGUCCCCCACAACACCAUCCACACCUUCCAGAUCACCGACCCGGACACCCAGCUCACGGGCGUCAUCCAGCCCGGCGGCUUCGAGGAGCUCUUCGUCACCAUCGCCAACUCCGAGUUCAGCUCCUCCACGGGCGCCGAGUUCGUCCCCGCCGCCUCCAACGGCUCCGUCGGCUCCGACCCCUCGCUCAUCUCCGCCCUCGAGGCCUUCGACGUCUACGCCCAGCUGGACUUCAACCCCCGCAGGGACCUGGUCAACGGCAGCGCCGGCGGCGCCUCCACCUGGCACACCGCCGCCAACGAGCUGGCCGCCGACGCCGGCACGCCCAACUUCAUCGCCAAGAACCGCGGGCCCAAGUACCUCAACGCCGACGGCGGCGUCUACCACCUUCUCGCGCCCAUGGCCACCGGCAACCAGACCGCGGGCAACUUCACCAUGGGCACCGCCACCGUGAGCCUUCUCCUGUCGAACCAGACGGCCACCAAGGCGAACCUGGCCCAGCCCGUCGCGUUCCAACUCGAGGAGGGCGCGCUGGUCGUUCGUGUCGAGGGGUACGACCCUGUCACCCUGAUCCAGGGCGACGUCGUCUUCGUCCCUGCCGGCACCCCGUUCUCCUACUACGCCUCUGCUGCCUUCACGAAGUUCCUCUACGUCAGCGGUGGUGGUGACGGCUUCGACUACCAGCUUCUCCAGAAGGCUGUGCCGUGGGAGUACGCUACCUACCCCAUCUACGCCGGCUACACCGUGUAG